UGCUCGGCGGGCUCCGCGCAGGCGCGCGCUGCUCUGCUGGGCACGGCUUGGCACGGGCGUCUUUCCCUCGCUCUGUCUGGGCUGCAGCGCUUCUCCAGCGGUGGAGGCGCUCAGCUGCACCAUGUUUCUCCACUCAGUCAACCUCUGGAACCUGGCCUUCUAUGUCUUCAUGGUGUUCCUGGCGACCCUGGGGCUGUGGGAUGUCUUCUUCGGCUUCGAGGAGAACAAGUGCAGCAUGAGCUACAUGUUUGAGUACCCCGAGUACCAGAAAAUAGAACUUCCAAAGAAACUGACAAAGCGCUACCCAGCAUAUGAGCUGUAUCUUUAUGGAGAAGGGUCGUACGCAGAAGAACACAAAAUUCUCCCUUUGACAGGAAUUCCUGUUCUCUUUCUUCCUGGUAAUGCUGGAAGCUAUAAGCAAGUCCGCUCUAUCGGCUCCAUUGCACUUAGGAAAGCAGAAGACAUUGACUUCAAGUACCACUUUGACUUCUUCAGUGUCAACUUCAAUGAGGAGUUGGUGGCGUUGUACGGCGGAAGUCUUCAGAAGCAGACCAAGUUUGUACACGAAUGCAUUAAAGCCAUCCUCAAACUCUACAAGGGUCAAGAAUUUGCUCCCACAAGUGUGGCAAUAAUUGGUCAUUCUAUGGGUGGCCUUGUUGCCAGAGCAUUGCUUACACUGAAGAAUUUUAAACAAGAUCUGAUAAAUCUUCUUGUGACUCAAGCCACCCCUCAUGUGGCCCCCGUGAUGCCCUUAGAUCGUUUCAUUACUGAGUUUUAUAUGACUGUAAACAACUAUUGGGUUUUAAAUGCUCGGCACAUAAAUUUGACCACGCUUUCCGUGGCUGGAGGAUUCCGGGAUUACCAAGUUCGUUCAGGACUGACUUUUCUACCCAAAUUAAGCCACCAUACCAGCGCCUUAUCUGUUGUGAGCUCAGCAGUGCCUAAGACCUGGGUCUCAACAGAUCAUCUCUCCAUCGUGUGGUGUAAACAAUUGCAGUUGACUACAAUUCGAGCGUUCUUUGACCUUAUUGAUGCCGAUACCAAACAAAUAACUCAAAACUCUAAGAAGAAACUGUCUGUUUUGAAUCACCAUUUUAUAAGACACCCAGCUAAACAGUUCGAGGAAAAUCCAUCCAUAAUUUCUGAUCUAACAGGGACAUCUAUGUGGGUUCCAGUAAAAGUGUCCAGGUGGACCUAUGUGGCUUAUAACGAAUCUGAUAAGAUUUAUUUUACCUUUCCCCUUGCAAAUCAUAGAAAAAUCUACACCCACGCCUACUGUCAGAGCACCAUGCUGGAUACAAAUAGUUGGAUUUUUGGCUGCAUAAACAGUACUUCAAUGUGCCGACAAGGGGUUGAUUUAUCGUGGAAAGCUGAACUGUUGCCAACAAUUAAGUCUCUGACGUUAAGGCUGCAGGACUACCCAUCCUUGUCCCACAUUGUUGUCUAUGUGCCGUCUGUCCAUGGAAGUAAGUUUGUUGUAGACUGUGAAUUCUUUAAGAAAGAAACGAGAUCCAUACAGCUUCCUGUAACUCAUCUCUUUUCAUUUGGGCUGUCCUCAAGGAAGGUGAUACUAAAUACGAGCGGCCUGUACUACAAUAUAGAGCUUCUGAACUUUGGACAGAUAUACCAGGCUUUUAAAGUCAAUGUGGCCAGCAAGUGCACAGGGAGCAAAGAAGAAAUAACUAGUAUCUAUAAACUUCACAUCCCCUGGUCUUAUGAAGACUCACUAACCAUUGCACAGGUUCCAUCUUCCACAGAAAUUUCCCUGAAACUUCAUGUUGCUCAGCCGGAAAAUGACAGCCACGUGGCCCUGUUAAAAAUGUACACGUCGUCAGACUGUCAGUAUGAGGUGACAAUUAAGACCUCCUUUCCACAAAUACUUGGACAGGUGGUUAGAUUUCAUGGCGGAGCCCUUCCUGCCUACGUUGUAUCCAGCAUCCUUCUUGCUUAUGGAGGACAGUUAUACUCUGUCUUCUCAACAGGUUAUUGCUUAGAAUAUGCUACAAUGUUGGAUAAAGAAGCCAAGCCAUACAAAGUUGACCCAUUUGUAAUUAUGAUUAAGUUUUUGUUGGGGUAUAAGUGGUUUAAGGAACUCUGGGACGCGGUGUUGCUGCCGGAGUUAGACGCCAUCGUUUUAACUAGUCAGAGUAUGUGCUUUCCCCUUGUGUCCUUGAUUCUCUUUCUGUUUGGAACAUGCACAGCGUACUGGAGCGGCCUGCUCUCUUCCACCUCUGUGCAGCUCCUUUCUUCGCUGUGGCUCGCCCUGAAAAGACCUGCUGAACUUCCAAAAGACAUCAAGGUGAUGUCGCCAGACUUACCUGUUCUGACAGUUGUCUUUCUCAUAGUGAGUUGGACAACUUGUGGAGCGUUCGCCAUACUUCUGUCUUAUCUGUAUUAUAUGUUCAAGGUUGUUCAUCUCCAAGCCAGCCUAACAACCUUUAAAAACAACCAGCCAGUGAAUCCCAAACACUCAAGAAGAAGUGAAAAAAAGUCCAACCACCAUAAGGACUCCUCCGUGCAGAGUCUUCGCUUGUCUGUCAGCGAUGCUGAGGACAGUCUGCGCAUGCACAGCACCGUGAUCAACCUGCUGGCGUGGGUCGUGCUGCUCAGCAUGCCGUCCCUAAUCUAUUGGUUAAAGAACCUUAGGUAUUAUUUUAAACUUAAUCCUGACCCUUGCAAACCCCUGGCAUUUUUCCUUAUUCCCGCUAUAGCGAUUCUUGGAAAUACUCACACGGCUUCAGUAAAGUCAAGUAAAUUGCUGAAGACUGCCUCACAGUUUCCGCUUCCUCUGGCUGUUGGUGUGAUUGCUUUCGGCUCCUCCCACUUAUACAGGGUUCCGUGUUUUGUUGUCAUCCCCCUUUUAUUCCACGCGUUGUGCAACUUUAUGUAGAGCUGGAGCUAAGAGUGAUGGAAACGAUCUAUGCCUUUAGGACCAGUGAGACCGCGAACACACCGCCCCACCAGCGCCAGCAGUGAGGUCCUUUGCAGAAGACAAGUCUAUUUUUACAGUAUUGAAAAUAGGAAAUUAGUUUUGUAAUGCUUGAGGGGACGUAGUUGCAGCAUGACUCACCUUGUGACGUAGCAUCUAUGUGUGUACUUGUCAUAG